UUCACUAUUGUCCCAAUUUUGCAGGCACAUUUCCCUUUCAACAACUCUGUGUCUUCACACAUCAAAUUCUCUGAUCCGGGGUGUUAUCAUCAUGGCAUUCAUGUGAUUUUACAUAGGGGUCUUGUUUGUGUCAUUCGAAGUUGAUAGUAAGCGUUUUUCGGGUUAGAAUAAGAAUUUGAAUUGAUAUCUGUCUGUGAUCCGGGCUCUUUGUUGAAAAAUGAGGGUGUUGCAUGGAGUUUGGGCUUGUGUUUGGUUUGUGAUGAAUGUGGGCUGUAUGGGGAGAUUUGUGGUGGAGAAGAACAGCCUGAGAGUCACUUCGCCACCCGAAUUGAGGGAUACGUAUGAAUGUGCAAUAGGAAACUUUGGGGUUCCUCAGUAUGGAGGGACAAUGGUUGGUCUUGUAAUGUACCCCAAAUCUAAUCACAAAUCUUGCAAUAAAUUUAGUGACCAGGAUAUCUCUUUCGAAAGUAAGGCUGGAGGGAGACCCGUCUUUCUGCUUGCAGAUCGAGGAGAUUGUUACUUUACGUUGAAAGCUUGGAACGCGCAGAUGACUGGAGCAGCAGCUCUUCUAGUUUCUGAUGACAGGGUUGAACCUUUGAUAACCAUGGACACACCAGAAGGACAGAAUGCUCGAGAAGAUUAUCUGCAGAACAUUACGAUUCCCUCAGCACUUAUUAGCAAAACGUUAGGAGAUAAUAUCAAGAAAGCUCUAUCAGAUGGCGAAAUGGUUACCAUAAAUCUUGAUUGGAGGGAAUCGCUUCCACAUCCUGACGAUCGGGUAGAGUAUGAAUUCUGGACAAAUAGCAAUGAUGAGUGCGGGCCAAAAUGUGACAACCAGAUAGAGUUUGUCAAGAGUUUCAAGGGAGUAGCCCAGAUACUUGAACAGAAAGGUUACACCAGGUUCAUGCCACACUACAUCACUUGGUAUUGCCCACAGGCUUUUAUCCUCAGCAAACAAUGCCAGUCCCAGUGCAUCAACAAUGGAAGGUAUUGUGCUCCAGAUCCAGACGGGGAUUUCAACAAAGGAUAUAGUGGCAAGGAUGUGGUGGUUCAAAACUUACGUCAGGCUUGCUUCUUUAGAGUGGCUAAUGAAAGUGGUAAGCCAUGGCUUUGGUGGGACUAUGUCACAGACUUUGCAAUCCGCUGCCCAAUGAAGGAAAAUAUGUAUAACAAAGAGUGUGCAGAUACUGUUAUUAACUCACUUGGUGUUGAUCUCAGUCUGGUAGAUAAUUGUAUAGGGGAUCCUAAUGCUGAUGAAGAAAACCCCGUUCUUACAACUGAACAGGAUGCACAGGUUGGUACCGGUUCUCGUGGUGAUGUAACGAUCCUGCCAACUCUGCUCAUAAACAACAGGCAGUACAGAGGUAAGCUGGACAGAGGAGCAGUUCUCAAGGCCAUUUGUUCAGGUUUCGAGGAGACGACUGAGCCAGCCAUUUGUCUUUCCAAAGAUGUAGAAACAAACGAGUGUUUAGAAAAUAAUGGUGGAUGUUGGCAGGAUAAAGCUGCAAAUCUUACUGCAUGCAAGGACACAUUCCGCGGGAGAGUGUGUGAAUGUCCUAUAGUGCGAGGAGUGAAGCUUUCUGGUGAUGGAUAUACUCAUUGCGAAGCUUCUGGAGCAUUGCGUUGUGGAAUUAAUAAUGGAGGCUGUUGGAGGAAAACGCAGGAUGGAAGGGCAUAUUCUGCUUGUGUUGAUGAUCGGACAAAAGGUUGUGUGUGCCCACCAGGAUUUAGAGGCGAUGGGGUCAAUAACUGUGAAGAUGUUGAUGAAUGCAGAGAAAGAUUAGCUUGUCAAUGCCCCCAGUGCAAAUGCAAGAAUACCUGGGGUAGUUAUGAUUGCAGCUGUAGUGGAAAUCUCUUGUAUAUGCGAGAGCAUGAUACGUGUAUCAGUAAAAAUUUUAACACAGACAUCAACUGGGGUUUUGUUUCCAUCAUUAUAAUUGCUUUGGCUGCUGCUGGGUACGCCCUGUACCAGUACAGGAUACGGAGAUACAUGGCUUCGGAGAUCAGGGCGAUCAUGGCGCAGUACAUGCCAUUGGAUGACCAACCAGAAGUUCCGAACCAUGUCCCUCAUGGGGAGGUCUAACUGCAAGAUCUUUCGGAAAAUAAUGUUCUUGGAAGAUGUUGCAGGAGUAUUUCACCCCUGAGCUUAUUGACUACAGAUUUCCUACAGGCUACUAGUUGUCUUGAUUACUCACUGCAUCAAAGGAGAAUCUCAUCUUACUUAUGUAUAUGUUAACAGUCUGAUGCACAUAAGCUACCUAUUAAAAGAGGAAAUUUUCCUCUGAAAUAUAGAGAUUUUUUAUUUAU